GAAAAUAGUUUAACUGGGUCACUCGCGAUACUAGACGUAAAGAAAACACGUUUUUUGUUUACUAUAAUAACUUUAAACGUUUCAGUGUCAUUAUUUGGUUCUAACUAGACAAGCUUAUAUAAGAAGCAUGCAAACGCAUUCAAUUGUUUAAAGUGAAGAGAACAACGUUUAGAAAUCGAAGAAUAAAACGAAUUUGACGAUUCUUAAAAAGAAAAAAUCCGAAGAGAAAAAUAAUGAUGUCUUCUAACAAAACACGAAUCCCAUUGACUGUGUUAUUUCUCUUGGUUGGUGCUGCCUCAAUUCAUGUAUCAGCUAAAGCUACAGAGGCAAAUGAGGAAGAAGAAAUAGACCCAAAAUCUCUCCAACAAGCAGCAAGUUUAUUGGAGAUGAGGAAUUAUCUCAGUCAAGCUAGUAACACGGAUAUCGUCUUUCUUGUUGACGUCAGCUACAACACGACAGAGUAUUUAAAACCCUUGGCAAUGUUGGGUAACUUAUCAAUUGCUUGUCUGAAAAACAUGCGUAAUGAAAAAAAUAAAUUAGCUCUUGUUACCUUUGCAAAUUCAUCAAAGCUGGAAUAUGGAUUUCAUGAGUGCUUUGAAGAGGAGUGUCUAGAAAAUGUUUCAGGCACGGUUCAGGAAAGAAUUGAAAGCAGAAAAAUUGGUCAAGGAUUGAGAUACGCAAAGCGUUUGCUAAAAAUUGAAAAACAAAAUUUUGAGAAACAAAACGGUUCAAAGUACUCCAGAAAACAAUGCGUUGUGUUGGUCACAUUCGGAGUUGACCUGAACGAAAAAAAAUUUCCAGUCGCGUCAAGACUGUUAGCUAAUAAUAUCGACAUCAUUGUUAUCGGACUUGGUGAAAACGCCGCUAAAAAUGAAGCGACUUUAAAUGGCAUUGCGAAACCAAAGGAAAAGGCGAAAGGAAAAGGUUUUAUUUUGGUAACAGAACAUGUUGGCUACGUAUUCAGUCUACUUGAAAAUGCUAUCAAAUUUACUUGUUUUUGGUCAUUUUCGGAAGAUUUCGACUUCUUCGGAUAGGCACAGACAAGAUCAUUGUACACGUUGUAUUAUAAACAUUAUUAUUUGUUUGUUUGUGUAUUUUGUUUAUUUAUAAUUUUCUUUUCUUUCAUUCUUAUUCUGAAAGUUCGCCAAACAUAUUAAUGUUGUUGCAAUAUCGAAUUCGGAUUUCUUUUGUUUCUGAAGUUGUUUGUUUUUUCAACCAAACCAUUGAGUAAGCUCGCUGAAAACAUGUUCUGUUUGUUAACCAAUUGUGCUUGUUUGUUUAAAGUUUUUAAUCUAAACCACAGAAUUAUAAUAACUUUUUGAUAUCGAAUGCUUUUAUAGGUCACGAUAAUUUUCUUAAAUAUAUAUUUAACUGUUUUA